CUUUGUGAGUUAUUUUGCAGUUUUGUUUGGAUCCGCGUAUAGUUGGUUAAGAUUAGUUGUUAAUCUGUUUUGUCACAGCAAUUAUCUGAGACGUCUGGGACUGUGUUAGGAUAUCCACGUUUUAGAAUAACUGGAUGGUACAUUAUGAAUAGCAAAACAAUCUGACGAGCACAACUUCCUCAUUGUAAACAGCAGCAUAAUAUUGGUUGUCUUUGAUUGGAGUAAGACACAUUGAGGGUAGACAUGGCAGCUACGAAAAACCAAAAAGGUGAUCCAACCCGAUUUGAAGGACACGGCAUUAACUUCCGUGCCAAGCUGAUUGGCGUUGACGAUGUGGAGGAGGCGCGGGGGGACAAGAUCUGUCAGAUGGCCAUGCAGAAGUUGAAGGCAGCCGUGAAGGCAUCCGGGGAACACAAACAGAAGAUCGUUGUCAAUGUGUCGCUCGAGGGACUCAAGAUUAUAGAUGGUGUGUCGCUGGCAAUUCAGUAUACUCAUCCCGUUCACCGGAUCUCAUUCAUAGCCCGAGACAUGAGUGACAACCGUGCUUUCGGUUACAUAUUUGGUGUUGGAGAUGGGACCCAUAAAUUCUUUGCUAUCAAAACAGAAAAAGCUGCAGAGAAUCUUGUCCUUACUUUACGAGACCUGUUUGAAGUUGUCUAUGAGAUGAAGAAGAAAGAAAUGGAGGAAGCAAAGAAGCAGCAGGAGGAGAGUGGAGAGGUCGAGAGUGGAGACAAAGAAGAACAGAAGUCUGCAGAGGAAGGCCAAGAGUCCAUAUAUCAGGAUCCACCAAAGCGUGAUAGCCCAGAACACGUAUACACUGUUCCUCAGAACAAUGCUCCAGUGACUCCCGAGGAGAAGUCGGGAUCGAAUCUUCUCGACUUAGAGGACCAGCUUGAGAGCAUAGAGCUUGGUAUUCAGCAGAUGAGUUCAUUUGACACCCUUAUGAGUGGAGUCAAUACAGCCAACCAGACCAGCACUGAUCCCUGGGGCACUCCAGCAUCUACUGCUCCUUCUGCAUCAGGGACAGGCCUCAGUGACCUCCAUGGUUUACAGAGUGGAUUUGGCACCCCGAACCCCUUCCCACAGCCAGGGUUUGGUGCAGCUCAGCCCUUCGGAGCCCCUAGAGCCGCCAUCCCAGGGAUGACAGCCCCGGCUACAAAUCCAUUUGCUCCACAGCUAACUAUUCCUGGUCCUGGUGCUGCAGUGCAGGCUCAUACCAAGAACUCCCCACCCCAGCCUACCACUGGACUCCCAAUCACACAGGACCCUUUUGCCAAUGAUCCGUUUUCUACCUCACAGGUCAGAACGCCAUUUCCAGGUACACCAGCAGGAUUUGGCGCCACUCCCGGAGGAUUUUCGCAGUCUGGCAUGCCGAUGGCAGCACCAGUCGUUGCUCCUGUCCUCGGCCAACCACCUGCAAUGUUUGGCCAACCGGCAACUGCCUUCCCAGGAGCAGCACCAUUCCCAGGUGUUGCAGUACAGCCUGGUGUGGCACAACAGCAGGCCAAUUUUGCAGGAUUUCCCGAAGAAGAUCCAAAUAUUCUAGCACCAUUAGUACUUGGAAAGGAAGAGGCUGUUGAAGAGCCGCCACCAGAUAAGGGAAAGAAGGAUGCGUUUAGCGAUCUGGUUGAUAUCGGUGGCGCGACAGACGUUAAAAAAACACCAAAGGAUAUGUUUGCUGAACUAAAUGCUCCCCCCAAGAAGUCUUUGCUCGAGCUGCAGAUGGAAAAGCUCCCAGGCAAUGUGUCUCCCAACAGAUCUCCGUCGCCCAUGGUUGUUCCUCAGGCAAGUGAUCCAUUUGGUCCUCUUUGCAAAGCAAUGGAUGGAGUUCAGGACCUUGCUGCCACCACUGCCGACCCAUUUGACACUUCCCAUGUGCACUUUCCACCUCCAAUAACAAAAACUUCCAACUCACCUCCUGCCAUAGACACUCAAGCACUUCAGGCUAACUUGCCCAAAGCACCGCAAACUGUCACACCAGAUACGUUUCGCGUAAAUCACAAGUCAUCUGGCACAGGUGAUGCAAAUCCUGAUAAAGGACUGUCUGGAAAAUGUGUUCUCAAACUUCCCAACGGAACGGUUCAUAAUUAUCCAGAUGAAUUCCAGCUCCCGUCUCCUCAAGAAUCUCCACCACCUCUCCCCAACACCGUGAAGCUGAACUUCCCCCAUUCGGCACCUGCACCACCACCGAGGCCAAAGUAUGGAACAAACGCGGCAUCAGCACGUCCUCGUCCCAAACCACGAGCGAGCGUAAACAGUUCCUUGUCCUUGCUGACUAUGUCGGACAGUGGUAAACAGGUUUUUCCUUCAUCCUCCUCGGACUCUUUCAUUGCACUACGUCCUGAAAACAACACUGUGCAUAAUGGUAAAGACUCUCUUGUUCCGUCUGCUUCAGAUAAUAGUGCUUCCCCAACCUCCACCACCGAUCCUGUUCUCGCAUCACCGACAAAGAUCACAAACUCUGUGCAUAAUGACAAUGACCCCUUUUUGCCGUCUGCUUCAAAUAAUAGUGCUUUCUCUACCACCACCUCGGAUCCCUUCCUUGCUUUGUCAACAAAAGUUGCGAACUCUGUGCAUAAUGAUUCCGAUCCAUUUUUGAUGAAUAAAGUGAUUAAUUCGGAAAGUGGGGAAGAUAAGUGGAAAGCUUUUGGUGAUUUUGACUCUGCUGCUUUCCCUAAUGAAUCAACAGUGUUCACCCCAAAUGUGAAAGGGAGUGUUACACUAAAAAAACAGGCCUCCCCAUUUGGAGAUCCAUUUGCUGCUCCAGGACAGGAUCCACUGUAUGCCCAAGUGAAGAAGAAUGUUCCUCAAGAUAACUCUCUGAUCUAGACUGAUUAAUCACAGUGACGUCGGAAUCACGCUGACUUUCAAUGAACGUUAUGCAUUCUUCAUAAUACAUGUACUAUGCAUUCUUCAUAAUAGAAGGUUGUUUGUGAACAAUUGUAUUUAAAAUAAAAUACAACUUUAUAAAUUAUGUAAGUUUGUUUCAUAAUAUAUAAACUGAAAUAAAGUAUAUGCAUAUUUAUUUGUAUUCAUUUGCUUUUCGCCACCACCUACCCCAAAAUUGUUACCUGUGGUCUUCAUUUAAUAUGUUUGGUAUAGUAAUAAUAAUAAUAAUAAGUAAUUAAAAAAUACAUUUGUACAUUCCAUUGUUCCUUAGCACUGGGUAUAGGUAUGAACGGAAAACCCCACUGAACAAAACUGUUACAUAGAAAGUGAAAUUUAUAUACCGGUACUGGUAAAAUAUGAGAAAAAUAAACAAAGUAGGCUACAUUGAUUUCCAUUUUCAGUUUAUUUCAGUCUCAGUAUGGCCUAGAUUUACAAACUUGCAUGCUCUUUCAAUAUUUGGCAGAUAUUUAGUUAAUACUAUGUUUGCAAGUACCUACAUCUAGUUACUGAAUUGAAGGAUUCACUAGAAUGAUACUAGACAAAUCCAAGUAAAACCCAUUUCUACAUGAACUCCCCAAAACUAAUCCCCAAGAUUACUGUUCAUAUAAGAAAGAUAAAAAUAACACUUUCAGUACAUAUACUUUUUUGUUGAAUUCCCCUCAUUUGCAGUACUAAUAAUUUUAUCCACAAUAUUAACUGUGUAGAUAUAUGUAAGCCAUUCUGUAUUUUUACAAUGUGAAUUUAAUUAAUAAUCUGGACUAGGGGAAGAGCACUUGUAGUUUUUGUAAUCCCUCCGUUUUUUACUGGAAAACCAUUGGGGGUUGGGGGAGACCCCCAAACCAACACAUUUAAUUGAUUAGGUCUACUUUAAAAACAAAAAGGAAUAAAUGCUUGCUUUUUUACACAUACACCCCCAACCCCAUUCAACCCCACAGUAAAUCCCGCAUUUGUUUUCUUAUAAUAAGUGGCAGAAACAAAACAAAAAUGUGUAUAGCUGAAGAAAACUUCAUGGUUAUUUUCAGAGUUAGCAGUAGUUUUUGGCUGGUGUUGUAUAAUUUACCUCAAUUUAAUAUUUGCUUUAAUUAUAAUUUACAAAGGAUUCUGUCUUGCCAUAUUUUCUGUAUUUGUAUCUAUAAUGAACUUCAGUUCCAGACUUUCUAUUUUAGAGACAGUCAAAAUGGAUCACACAUCACAAGUUGGCUUUUUUUGUAAGUCAAGAAAAAAGUGAUGUAUGUAUUUUGUACAUAUUUGAAACCAUGUGUGUGUAACUUGUUAGAUGGAUAAUGUAACAAUAUGUGUAUAACCAAUUUUACAUUCAUUCAUGUCUUUCUAACUCCGUUAAUACGAGAUGUGGCAUAAUAAUUUGCAAUACUAAGGUAUGUCUUUUGUAGAGGGGUGGGUUGGUGGUGGUGGGGGGGGGGGGGGAAGCAUACCCCAACUACAGGUACUUAUUUGUGAAAAUAGAACCCAUUGUUACUUUGUGUGUCACCAUUGGUUGAUAAAGAAGCAUGAAAUAAUUGUGAUGUAUUUAUGUUCAGGAGGAUAUACAGGAGUGGCAACAGGAUUAGUCUAGGAAUGGGUGUAAUGUCAAAAUAGCACCUCUGUCAAUAUCUAUAGUUGCUCUCCCCCUACCCCCACCCCCCCCCCCACCCCUAUUUCUCUCUCUCUCUCUCUCUCUCUCUCUCUCUCUCUCUCUCUCUCUCUCUCUCUCUCACUCUCUCACUCUCUCUCUCUCACUCUCUCUCUCUGCCAACAAAUGAGAUUUCUAGAGUGACUGGCCACUGCAAUAGUAUUUAGAUUCUACUUUGUUGAGAAUGAAAAUGGUUAUUCAUGCACAUUUAUUGGGAAAUCGUUGUUGGUGGGCCUUUUUCAUUUAAAAUACAUCAUGCCUGAAACGAUUUGUUGUUUAAGUGAUAUGUCUUAAUCAAGAACUUAUUUCUUAACAUCAUGGUUGAUUUGUUGAAAAUUAAUAUCCUGUUCAUAAACUUGUUACUAAAGUAAAUAAAUUAUUUAAAAUA